AUGUUCCAAGAUCUAAAGAGAGAACAGAUUAUCCGGCUGGUUAGCUCAGUUGGGUCUGAUGAAGACACUAAAAAUCUUAUCCGGUGGAGAGUGGUCAACCAGGCCCUCUUCACUGGAAAACAGAAUGCAGCGGUUCGAGGGUUUGAAGCCUUUGUGUUGGAGAACCAAAUGCAGGGGACGGUGACUCCCACUUAUGUGAAGAAGAAGUGGGAGAACCUCAAACAAAAAUACAAAGAACUUAAGUGUCCACCUACUGGGGUAAGUACAGAGGGUGGUGAAGCAACAACAGCAUCCUGGAAAUGGUAUGUGGAUAUGGAUGAGGCAAUAGGUGGGAGACCAUCAAUUAGCCCACUGACCCUUAUUUCCUCAUCUGGCCAGGAUGCUGCUAUAGCUUCACCAUCCUCGAGAAGCAUGGAAACCCCAGCCAACAAGAGACGGAGGGAGAAAGAUUUAGUUGCGUAUCUGAGGGAGAUGGAAGAAAGGGAAAAUGAGAGGGAGAUAGAAGCAGCAGAGAACGAGGAGAGAAGAUGGAGAGAGGCUGAGGAGAGGGAGGAAAGAAGAGAAAGGGAAAGAAUAGAACGAGAGGAGAAGACAGAGCAAGAGGCACGCCAGAGAGAGGAAAAGCGAGAGCGAGAGACGCGAGAGAGAGAGGAGAGGAGAGACCAGGAAGCAAGAAUGAGGGAGGAAAGGAGAGCUAGGGAGGCAAGAGUGAGAGAGGAAAGGUUUAUUAAAAUCUUAGAGAUUCUAAUGAAAAAAUAA